AUGAUAAGGCAAAGUAGAGAAAAAAAAACAAAAACAUUAAGAUUGCAAUUAAAAUCAUUAAAAUUGCGAUUGAAAUCAUUAAAAUUAUUAAAAUCAUUAAAAUCACCAUCAAAAACAAAUGUAGGACCUAUUUCAGAGGAAAAAAGGUUUAAAAAUCAACUUAAAAAGGAAUAUAUUUUAUAUGAUUAUAAUUCUUUCCAAAAUAUAGAAUUUAUUGAUGGUGGUUCAUUUGGAAUGGUUUCUUGUGCAUAUUCAAAACAUCAUCAAGGACUUGUGGCAUUAAAAUCCAUUAAUAUUGAUCAAAAAUAUCCUUUUGAACAAUUUCUUAAUGAGGCAAAGCAACAUGGUAAAGUAGAACAUCACAGUAAUAUAUUAAGAUUUUAUGGCAUAACAAAAGAAAAGUAUGCAAAUAAUGGUAAUUUAUGUGAUUAUUUAAAAUCCAAUUUCAAUAUAAUGAAUUGGAAUACUAAAUUAAAAUUUGCAAAACAAAUUGUAAGUGCUGUAAGACAUUUGCAUGAAAAUAAAAUAGUACAUAGAGAUUUGCAUUCUAAAAAUAUUCUCAUUCAUGAUGGAAAUAUCAAAAUUUGUGAUUUUGGAAUCUCAAAAUUUUUAUUGGAUCCUUCAAUUGAAGUUUCUAAAAGAUUAGGCUCAAUAAAUUACUCAGAUCCACAAUAUUUAGAAAAUACCGGAAAUUAUAGUGAACGUGAAGCAAUAAUUAAGGGAACCCCAAGAAAAUAUGCAGAAAUAUAUACAGCAUGUUGGCAAGGAAACCCAGAUUUCCGUCCUCAUAUUCAUCAAGUUAUGCAGGAUUUGGACAAUGUAGAUAUAACUAACACUAUUGAAGAUAUUGUUGAUUUAACAGAUCAAACUAAUAAAGAUGAUUUAUUAUAUUCAUUAUCAGCACAAAUUGAUAAUUUAAACAACCAUUUAAAGGAUCUGGAUAAUGUAGAUAUAACUGACAUUAUUGAGGCUGUUAAUCCAACAGAUCAAACCAAUAAUAAUGAUGAUUUAUUAUAUUCAACUGAACUUCCAUUAUCAGCAUGA